AUGAUUGACUGCAAGCCUUUACCGACUCCAAUUGAAGCAAACGCCAAGAUAUGUGCUCAAGAUGGAAAAGACUUGGAGGAUGCAACUAUGUACAUGCAGCUGGUCGGAAGCCUAAUCUACCUAACCCUAACACGGCCAGACAUUUCAUAUGCAGUGGGGAUAGCAAGUCGAUUCAUGGAGAAACCAAAGAAGCCACAUCUUGAGUUAGUCCGACGUAUAUUAAGGUAUGCAAAAGGAUCAAUUGACUGUGGACUUUUCUAUCAAAGGAAUAAAGAUAUAAAAUUUGUUGGCUAUUGCGACGCGGACUAUGUCGGAUGUCGUGAUACGAGAAGAUCCACUACUGGGUAUGUGUUCAAGUUUGGGUCGGCUGCAAUAUCUUGGUGUAGCAAAAGGCAACCGACAGUGACCCUAUCAACAGCAGAGGCCGAGUACCGAGCAGCAGCAAUGGCAGCUCAGGAAAGCACAUGGCUUAUGCAAUUAUUAUAA